AUGAGGCCGUCGUUGGCUUCCUGGCUUGGCCUGUCCCUUGUAGGGAUGGCCGUCGCCCAGCCUUCGGAUGCUCCUGAUGUGGAAAACUUUCUACGGAGAUUUGCUGCUAGAGCCAUCAUGCUCGGCGACUACCUAUAUAUUGAUGGGGGCGAGAUCACGCAGCUCGUGGACGGGGAGCUCUAUAAUACCUACGAUAUCACGAUGAACUCGACCCUCUCCAUCGACAUGUCGAAAUCGUGGUCGAGCGACACGGUCGAGAUCCGAUCGAUACCCAAGGAAGCGCCCAAAGUCUACGGCCAAGCCAUGUGGCCCGACAGCGAGGGCCAGUCCUUUUACAUCUGGGGCGGGCACUCAAACCACGGCCGGGAGACCAACAUGCUCACGACGCAGCAGAUUUGGCGGUUCGUGGCCGACGGCAAGGGCGGCGGCGCGUGGACCAAGGAGAUCCCCGACAACCUCGGGGCGUACAACGGGUUCCAGCUCACGGAGCUCGGGGCGUGGACGACGGCGCACAACACGGGCUUCUGGCUGGGCGGCUCGGCCUCGGGCUGGACGCAGAACUUCCGCGCGAGCAACCAAAACGUCCCCGGCAUGGUCUCGUUCAACAUGACGACCAAGACCUUUCGCAACGACACCACCCCCGAUGUUUCGGAGCAGGGCACCAUCCUCGGCGGCCAGGCCCAGUACGUCCCGCGGUUCGGCCCCCACGGCUUGAUUGCCGUGUUUGGCGGCACGGCGCAGCCGGUGCUGGAGGGCGGGCCGACGUCGUACCGCGAUUUUAGAAACCUGACCUUUUUCGACCCCGUCACCAAGGAUUGGUACUGGCAGAUGACGACGGGCACUACGCCGACGCCGCGGGAGAAUUCGUGCGUGUUUGGGGCGGAGAGCGUGGGUGGCACGUAUGAAAUAUUCGUCUUUGGCGGCCAAGACACUAUUGCCAAAUCCACGGCCGAGGACCUCUAUGUGCUCACGCUCCCCGGCUUCGUAUGGACCAAGCUCGAUAACCCGCAAGGCGGUGCGCGGACCGACCACGUAUUGGGCGGCGGCGACUCGUUCCGGCUGGCGGACCCGUUCCCGCAGGGCCUGGGCGUGUUCGACAUGACGGAGCUCUCGUGGGGCACGGAUUUCAAGGCCGAUGCGGCGGAGUACGAGUCACCCAAAGUCGUCCAGGAUUGGUAUGACAAGAACGGGGAUCUCGCGUCGGUGGAAUGGUCGUCCGAAGCGGUCAAGGUGCUCUUUACGUCGGAGAAGUCCAGUAAGUACAAGACACCUUCAUAUGGCACUCGUCCCUCUUCCCCCUUCCACUCGAAUCCACUUCGAUACGACAGGGGAAAACGCCAAGGACAAGGACUCGGAAUCCAAAAGGGCUCGAGCAACAUUGGUCCCAUCGUGGGCGGCGUAGUCGGCGGCGUGGUGGCGGUGGCAGCGUGCGUGGGCGCCGCCAUGCUCCUGAGGCGGAGGAAGCGGCGAGGCCAGAGCCAGGGCGGGCAGUUCCAAGCGGUGCCCAUGGAUCCGGAGACGCCGAGGAGCGACGGGACGACGCUGGUCAACAACACGCCCAAGCCUCUCGAGUACGGGGCGCAACAGCCCGAGAUGGACUCGUACGGACGCGUGUACGAGAUGGCGGGCGAGGCCAAGUCGCCGCAUCCCGUGGAGCUGGAUGCCACGGGGAUAAACGGGAGCGGAGGGCUCGCUAGCAAGGAGCAGACGCAGGUGUACAGGUGA